UGCGAUCAAAUGUUUAUCAUAAAAAUGAAAAUAAAUGCCGGGAAUUUUGCGACUAAAUAAAGUUCACCACCCUUUCUGACUGAGCAGACCUAGUUACUAUAUGUGUAAUGGACGGCGACUGUUGUGUACUGCUGAUGACCUUUCUUGAUGGUUGAUGAAAUUUACGACCCAGCAAUUUCUGUUUAUUAUGAUUAAAUGAUGAGCCGCGUCUCUCCUUUUAAUUUAGUCUAAUGCACCGCUGAAAACCCGAUCAAAUAUUGAAUUUGGAUGUCUCCUUUCUAAGGGUGCUUAAAAGGACGAAAUUAUGUGGUGAGAAAUUUUUACAAAAUCAUUUUAACACGAAUAAAAUUCACGAGAUUUAAUGUUAAAAAAAAAUGGGAAACAAAGUUGGAUUAGGUUUAUUUUUCAUAUUUGUUAACGAAGUGUGCGUUUCCAUGUGCCAGUACGAGGAUUAUCAGAAAUGGAAAUUCAAUUUCAAUUGGGAAGAAAAGCGCCAACUUUUGAAUUACACUGCCUACAUCCGGGACUCUAUCAUGGGCCCCGAAUCUGGGUACAAGGAUGACGAUGAUCCAAUAACACGGGUGGGUUUCAAUUUUGAAGUUUCCAAAUUGCAGGAGUUCGAUGAAGUUGCAGGGAAUUUAAAGCUAAUAUCUUCUGUUUUUAUAUUCUGGAGCGAUCUUCGACUGUCUUGGAAUCCCUACAGUAUGUCCAUAUACCAAGCGAAGACAAAACUGUCUUUGACUGUAGCAUACAUAGAUGUCAAGUUAAAGUCAUUGUGGAAACCAGAUAUCAGUUUGUUCAAUCCGUUAGACGACAUAUUCAAAGGGACAGAAAAUGAGAAAGCCGUCGUGCACGAAGAAGGGUUUGUCUUUUUUGACGGUUUACUGAAAACGGAAACAUUCUGCCAACCAAAUUUGAAAUAUUUCCCAUUCGACGAACAUGAAUGCUCCGUUCAAUUUGUAGCAACUUCAACAGUUAUUACCAAUUCACUCAAGAAAUCAAAGCUAUUCAACGAUAACGCGAAGUGGAUAUAUUACCAACAAAAACCUUGUGAUCUGAAUUUAGCACCAAGUCGAUACGGAAGGCAAAACAAUAAAGAACGAAGAGUUCUUGUUUUCCCGGUUAAGAUCAUCCGGAGAUCCUCUUUCCUUUUCAUCAAUAUAGCCGUUCCUCUGUUCAUGCUCAGCAUCCUGAAUACAGUCGUCUUCUUCAUCCCCGCUGUUCCACAAGACAGGCUUUCCUUCUCUAUUGCCCUGCUGCUUUCCUUUACAGUGUACCUCAUUUACGUGGCGGAACUUAUUCCGGAAACUUCAAACCCCGUUCCGAUGAUAAUAUACUUUCUUUUGUUCCAGUUUCUGCUCAGUGCCUUCAUAACCUGUUCCAGCUUCGUGACAGCCAUGCUUAAUCAAAAACAAGGGAAGAAAGAGAUUCCUCGUGUAAUCCUUCGAGCAUUCCAACGAUUUCAAAGAAAGCGUGUUCGAGAUGUAGAGCUGGAUAACACUAAUGACGCAAAACUUACUAAUACGGACGAGUGUGACUUAAAGAGUAAAUAUGACGUAAACACAUCAUCGGAUGAAACUCUUUCCAGUAAUAUCACUUGGAACAAUAUCUCGACGGUCGUGGACAGAAUGUUUUUCACCAUAACCACCAUCAUUCUCUUCCUAGAAAUUCUGCUGUUUGCGUACCUCGCCUCCCUCCUUAAUUCGUCAGUGGAUCCUGCCUUGGAGUCCGACAUUUGUCGGACCAACCCAAUGAAAGAGAUGACGUCACAUUUUUGUAUCGAUAACGUAACCGAGUGUAUAUCCCUUGACCUCAUUCGUUGAUAGAAUUGAAAAGAGGUGGUCUAUUCAUAUCUUUGACAUACUGAUAUCUUGCUGUGGCUGAUUAAAAAUU